AGCUCCCUCACCCCUCCCUCUCUAAAUGGAAGCCCCCCAGCUAUCAUGCCUUUACCCUCUCCUUCAUCUUCUUCUUCUUCUUUUGCUUGCUUCCUUUUCAGAUUGGAGUUGCAGAAAGAGAGAGGGAGUGAAGAGAGAGAAUGGGGAGGGGGAAGAUUGAGAUAAAGCGGAUAGAGAACUCGGCGAACAGGCAGGUGACUUAUUCGAAGAGGAAGAGCGGAAUACUGAAGAAGGCCAAGGAGAUUUCGGUUCUAUGCGAUGCCAAGGUCUCCCUCGUCAUAUUCUCCAGUGCUGGCAAAAUGUCCGAGUUUUGCAGUCCAUCCAUCGAUAUUUGAGCACAGAGGUAGAUAGGAUGAAGAAAGACAACGAACAGAUGAGGAUUGAGUUGAGGCACUUGAUGGGAGAAGAUCUCAACUCAUUGACGCCCCAUGAACUCAAUAGGAUUGAGGACUCCCUGCAAAUGGGCCUCUCCAGUGUUCGUGCUAAACAGAUGGAACACAUUCGCACCAGGACUGAGAUGCUAAAAAACAACGAAAGGAUUCUCGAAGAUCAGAACAAACAAUUGAAGUACAUAAUGCAUCAGAUUGAAGGUGGUGAUGAAGCGGAGCGCAGGUAUCAAAACCAACAGAACGGAAGGGAUUAUCCUCAGCAAGCUCUCACUGCAUUUCGUGUGCAACCCAUCCAACCCAAUCUUCAGCAGAAUAAAUAGACACCUAAAAAGUGAUGCACUACCUUGAACAAAAUCUAGUAGCACUGUUUGUUAGACCUGAAAUAGUUUGGUUUGGGGAGAAGACUCUUUAUAUGCAUGCACCUUGGACUUAGUUUUAAUUUGUUGACAAGGAAAAAGCUUGUUUAUCUUUUCGGGAGCUUUUGGGCAAUAGAAAGAGGCAUCUCUUUUAUUAGCAUCAGUUGAAUGCUAGAUCAUGGAUAGAGUUCUCAUAUAUGUAAGACAUGGUUUGCUGAAGCAAGAUUAUUAUCCCUAAUUCUCUAUUAUAUGUUAGGUUAAGCCAUUUAUGCCAAAGUGAAAUUGGUUUCUUUA